AUGGAGGGUUUCGAUCAUUCAUCUCUGGCUCGAGGCCGCUUGGCGGUGCUCGCAGCUCAUAUCUCCGCGUCGUCGCUUGAUCAGCCUGGCGGUGUCCAUACAGGAUUUUUGCAAUCUUCGAGUUGCUCCGCCGCCGUGGACCCGCCGCCAAAUUUGAAAGGAACGCUGAUGUUAGCUGAUGAGCGAACUGGGAAGAAGUAUCGGGUUCAGGUCUCUGAGGAAGGCACUAUAAAAGCCACCGAUUUGAAGAAGAUAACAACUGGAAAGAAUGACAAGGGGCUCAAGCUUUAUGAUCCAGGAUACCUUAACACUGCUCCAGUGCGAUCUUCAAUUUGCUAUAUCGAUGGUGAUGAAGGGAUUCUCAGAUAUAGGGGUUAUCCCAUCGAGGAGCUAGCUGAUGGCAGCUCUUUCUUGGAAGUAGCUUAUCUGUUGAUGUAUGGGAAUUUACCAUCUGAAGCUCAAUUGGCGGAUUGGGAGUUUGCAGUUUCACAGCAUUCAGCUGUUCCACAAGGAAUAUUGGAUAUCAUACAGGCAAUGCCCCAUGAUGCCCAUCCAAUGGGUGUUCUUGUUAGUGCUAUGAGUGCUUUGUCGGUCUUUCAUCCUGAUGCAAAUCCAGCUUUAAGAGGGCAAGACAUAUACAAGUCAAAACAAGUGAGAGACAAGCAAAUUGUUCGCAUACUUGGGAAGGUACCAACUAUAGCUGCAGCUGCUUAUUUGAGAAUGGCAGGGAGGCCACCUGUUCUCCCAUCAAACACUCUCUCAUACUCGGAGAACUUUUUGUAUAUGCUUGAUUCCUUAGGUAACAGGUCUUAUAAACCAAAUCCCCGGCUUGCUCGUGCACUAGAUAUUCUUUUCGUGUUACAUGCAGAACAUGAAAUGAACUGUUCCACUGCAGCUGCAAGACACCUUGCCUCAAGUGGUGUUGAUGUAUAUACAGCCCUUGCUGGUGCGGUUGGAGCCUUGUAUGGCCCACUUCAUGGUGGAGCUAAUGAGGCAGUGCUUAAGAUGUUGAGUGAAAUUGGAAGCAUUGACAAUAUACCAGAUUUCAUUGAAGGUGUAAAAAACAGAAAGCGAAAGAUGUCUGGUUUCGGCCACCGUGUUUACAAGAACUAUGAUCCGCGAGCGAAGGUCAUCAAAAAACUUGCAGAGGAAGUAUUUUCAAUUGUUGGUAGGGAUCCUCUAAUCGAGGUGGCCUUAGCUUUAGAGAAAGCUGCCUUGUCAGAUGAUUAUUUUGUGAAGAGGAAGUUGUAUCCUAAUGUCGAUUUCUAUUCUGGUUUAAUUUAU